AUGUCGAACAACCAAAACGGUGGACUUUUGGGUGGCCUAGUAGGCGGACUCGAUAAUGUCCUCACCGGAGGCGAGAAAGCAAAUGGUCAAGGUGGCCUCUUAGGAGGUCUCGGCGGCGCAGUUGGCAGCACGACGGAAGGACUCGGAAAAGGCCUCAACUCGACAACUAGAGGAGUUGGAAACGCAGUGGGCCAGACAACCGAAGGUGUGGGUAACACUGUGGGCGGCGUCACGAACUCAGUUGGAAGUACCGUCGGCGGUGCUACCGGCGCGGGCGGCGGAGCGAAUAAGAAGGCCGAUGGCAACGCAUUCAAGGGUUACGUUACUAAUAGCAGGCAAAUGGACGCUAAUGAGGCAGAGGACGUAUCGUACGUCGACUACGAGGCCUUUCUCGAUCCUAGCUUCAGCCCUUCCUCCUUCGCAAACAGUCUUGUUCUCGCUACCAAUAAUCCAAAUGAUACUCCUCUCGAUCUUUCGACGCCCUUGUCCAAGGUGCUUUUUGACGCCCAGGAGGUUGAUUCGCAUAUAGAUCUACUUACUACUCGCUCUGCCAUUCCCCUUUUAACCUUUACCAAGGACCAAACCGAAGCGAGCGGGAAGAUCUUAUCCGAGGUUGACAACCAAGUCAAGAGCUUAAAUGAAAGUUACAAACAACUGGAAAAGGAAGUUAUACAAAAGCAUGCCGAAGCCGACGAAGUGCGCCUGGUUGCCGCCCGGUUGUGGGAGACGCUGAGGCUGGGAAGAUCUGUCGGCCGCUGUCUUCAGUUGGGCCGUCAACUUGAGAUUCAACACGGAGAAAUUACCACGGCCGCUGGAGGCAACAGGAAGGAAGACCAUAGCGUCACAGUCCGCUGCGCGCAUACGAUAUUAUCCUUGAGAGAAAUCCUCGACAAGAAGGCACCGGGCGAGGAGGGAUAUGGACUCGACAGAAUCAACGUCAUUAGGAGUUUACAGGAAUCUAUCGUGCUUCCCAUUGAGAGGUCAAUAAAGAAUAUAUCGGAACAAGUUAUUCGAGAAUUUAACAUUGGAUCCACUACUUUUGCCCAAAGCGAGGAGGCCAAGGCCCGGACCAUCUCUGCAGCCGUCACUCUUUACCUCAUAUCACCGGUUGGCACAAAACCAGACAGAUGGACACCCCAACUGCUCUUACAAGCUCUUGAGGUGUAUUUGCGCAACGCGCUGCAGAGCUCCAUAUCCUCGCUGGCAAGGUCGCUUGCGAACCUGCCAUCUCUAGAUCGGACUUUGGCAGAGGUCUCGGCGCGAUGUCAAAAUAUCAUUGCUCUAGAGAUCAUCCUCUCCACAACCAAAGCCCCGGCGAACCCACUUUUACCAACACACAAAAACGUCUCUUCGGACAAGUCAAAUCUUCUACAACCCUUACUUACGUAUCUGGAGACUGGAUCACUCGUGUCCUACUUCUGGAGGACUAUGGCGAGCAGCCUGGCACCACGAGUUCAGGAGAUUGUAAAUCGCAGUGGUGUCUCGGCCCGUACGCUGAAAUCGAACCGAAAUGCAAUUGGAGAGGCAAUUAGGGAAUGCGUCAUACUUGGUAGCCAGCCUCCGAGCACCAUUGCUACCGCCAAGGGGAAACCCUCGAAGGGGAACUCGGAGAAGAGCGGUGGAUGGGAUCGGGAGGUGGCUGUCAUGGUAGGCAGCGUCGUUGGAAACCUCGGCAGAUGA